CAUAAAAUAGACUUUUCCUUCUUUAGCGGACAUUUAUUUUGUCGCACGUAAUAGCAGUGAUGGAUCUUAACCUGACAACUGUCAUAGACAGUGGCUUGAUGGAAAGUGACCAAUCCUCAAGAGUUCUCACAGGUUGCUUUCUAUUUCUUCUGAUUCUUUCCACCUUACUGGGGAACACGUUGGUUUGUGCAGCUGUCACAAAGUUUCGCCACCUGCGCUCUAAAGUCACCAACUUUUUUGUCAUCUCGCUGGCGGUGUCGGACUUGCUGGUGGCCAUCCUGGUCAUGCCCUGGAAGGCUGUGACAGAGGUGGCUGGCUUUUGGCCCUUCGGUUCCUUCUGUGACGUUUGGGUAGCUUUCGACAUCAUGUGCUCCACAGCUUCCAUCCUGAACCUCUGCGUUAUCAGCGUAGACCGAUACUGGGCCAUUUCUAGCCCGUUCCGCUACGAGAGGAAGAUGACUCCCAGGGUGGCCUUCGUGAUGAUCAGUGUGGCUUGGACGCUAUCUGUGCUCAUCUCAUUUAUCCCGGUGCAGUUAAAAUGGCACAAGGCACAGGCGACAAGCCUUUCCCAGGUGAACGCUUCAUACGGGACGCCGCUGAUGGACAACUGUGAUUCAAGCCUCAACAGGACAUACGCUAUAUCCUCCUCGCUCAUCAGCUUCUACAUUCCCGUUGCCAUCAUGAUUGUGACGUACACGCAGAUAUACAGAAUUGCCCAGAAGCAGAUCAAAAGGAUCUCCGCCCUGGAACGGGCCGCUGAGAGUGCUCAGAUCCGCCACGACAGCAUGGGCAGUGCUUCGAACAUGGAUUCGGAGAGCUCUUUUAAAUUGUCUUUCAAAAGGGAAACGAAAGUGUUAAAAACUCUGUCUGUCAUAAUGGGAGUGUUUGUUUGCUGCUGGCUGCCCUUUUUCAUCCUGAACUGCAUGGUGCCAUUUUGCAAGCACGGUAUGAAAAGCAGUGACGCCCAUCUGCACUGCAUCAGCCCAAAAACGUUUGAUGUUUUCGUGUGGUUCGGGUGGGCCAAUUCCUCGCUUAACCCCAUCAUAUAUGCCUUCAAUGCCGACUUUCGCAGAGCUUUCGCUAUCCUUCUGGGAUGCCAAAGACUUUGUCCGGGAAGCAAUAGCAUGGAGACACCCAGUCUGAACAAAAACUGAAAAGCACCCUUCGUGCGACAUGAGGGAACCCUCAGCGUGCCGACGGAUUGGCCAUGUGAGCCUCUGACACACAAAAGAAGGCUGUUGGAAAGGGAGAAUGGAUUUGGGAUUAGACUCCGUGACAAAAUACCACCUGAGAGUGAAGACAGCAGGUCUGAUGUUACUUGACCAAGGAUAAACAUCCCUAAAAAUGAUGCAUUGAUUGCAUCCAUGUUCCCAGUUGUCCACCGGCUAUUUCAGGCGAAUUGCUCUACUCUUAUUAACCAAUAAAUUAUUAAAUCCACAUGUGACUUAAGGAACAUUUCAAAUGAAGAAUGAUCACAAAUAUACAGAAUGUUCAUCCAUCUUUCACAAUCAGCAAGAAAAUGAACCGCUGGGCAUAAAUGCAAUAAAUGUUAUUUGUUGUUUCUGUAAGUGAGUCGUGAAUGAGUUGGUAAUGUAUCAUUCCAUGAAUAAAUAAAGUAUCAACAAAUAAUUGACAAUUUAAGCCAUAUACAAUAAAAUUCAGUUAGUCUUAUACAUCACCGCUUGAUAAACAUUGAUGUCAUCCUCUCCAUCCAUUAUUGCGUGUCCUUCACAUCUUGCCUUAUUCACAAGACUUGUUUCCAUAACAGGAGGGCAGAUGGUCAGUCAUGAAAUGGCCGUCCCAUUAUUGCCAUAAUGACCAUGUAUGUUGUUCUCUGGUACUUGUUCUCUUUAAAUCCCCUCAUUCAUUAUUAAACCGUGAAAACCAAGGACCAAGACGAACAAAACAGAUGGUCAUAAAAUAAAAAUGCUGAUGUGGGAAAAGGCAAUGAAGUGUCACUUACGGUGAAACAAGUAAUAGAUCCGUUAUUGUUGAGAUUUCAAUGACGUUCGAAGAGUCUGGGACCUUCAGUCCCGCUACGA